AGACUACGAAGAUGUCGACAGUACUUGGAGGAAGAGUCCGGGCGGGGAGCAAGGUUCUAGCUCCUCAGUACGACCAAGAAGGCAAUGAAAUCCAGGUGGAAACCCGUGAGGAUGAGGAACAACAGGUGAAGUUGGACCAGACCAUUGAGCUGUUACUGGCAGCAGGGUACUUCAGGGCCAGGAUCAAGGGCUUGUCUCCCUUUGACAAGGUUGUUGGGGGCAUGACCUGGUGCAUCACGACCUGUAACUUUGACCUCGAUGUGGACCUUCUGUUCCAGGAGAACUCAACGAUUGGUCAGAAAAUUGCUCUAACAGAGAAGAUUGUGGCAGUGCUGCCCAAGAUGAAGUGUCCUCACAGGAUAGAACCACAUCAGAUCCAGGGUCUGGACUUCAUCCACAUCUACCCUGUGGUGCAGUGGCUGGUUAAGAGGGCCAUAGAGACACGAGAGGAGAUGGGAGAUCAGAUCAGAGCCUUCUCCGUCUCUCAGUUCAACAAGAACCACCGCACGCCAGAGGACCAGGAGUUCGAUUCUCGUAAGGAACAGUCCAUGUCCACACUGGCCACGGUCAAGACUGGUUACCAGCCCCGCCGACAGUACAAACGACAGGAUGUUUCUGAGUUGUUAGAUGAGGAAUCUCGGGUGCAUUCUACUCUACUGGAGUAUGGAAGGAGGUAUGGCUAUAGACCAGAAAAGGCAGAUAAAGCAGAAGGGAAGGACUCUGCUAAGUCUGCGGUGGCCGCGGCUCUGGGAGGGAAGACAGAGGAGAUGGAUGAGGAAGAGGCACAGGCUCUAGAAGAGCAACGUAUUAAGGCCCUGAUGAGCGGAAUGCAGGCUACGGGAGCGGCGGAUGGGAAACUGACAGCGAGCGCAGUGGGCUCUAUCGUAGGGAUGCAGUCUGCCGAGAUCCAACAGAUCGCUUCUGAGUACGCUGGAAAGCAAGCUGAGUUAGCGGCCGAGGACCGUCCGGAGAGGCUGAGCGGUGCCCAGCAGCACAAACGGACCGUGGCCUCGCUCAACAAACAGAUCGCAGCGCAGGAGAAAAAACUGGAGGAAGUCCGCGCUAAACACGAGGAACUCCACACUGCCUACACCUCCACACAGGACAAACUACAGGAGGUGCAAGAAUUUAGUGCCAGACUUGAUGAAGAGAUGGACAAACUAUCAGAACAGGAGAAAGAUGAAGCCAACUCAAGUGUUCUGCAGCAGCUGAGGGGCCUUGUUGCGAUGAAUGAGAAUCUGAAGAAACAGGAACAGGAGUUCCGGGCCCACUGUAAGGAAGAGAUGACACGGCUACAGGCAGCCAUCGACCUGCUUAAACUGGAGGGAGAUGAGGGGGAGGGGGAGGACCAGGAGAGAAGCAGACUGAUUGAGAAACAGUACCAGGCAGACAAGGAGAAACUGCACAAAAUACGACUCUUGUUGGCGAGAAAGAACCGUGAGAUCGCCCAGCUUCAGCGUAAGAUUGACGAGGUUCCGUCUCGAGCAGAACUCUCCCAGUACCAGCGCCGGUUUGUGGAGCUGUACAACCAAGUUGCUGCCACCCACAAGGAAACCAAGCAGUUCAUCACCCUGUACAACACCCUGGAUGACACCAAGUUGUACCUGAACAAGGAAGUCAAUCUGCUAAACUCCAUCCAUGACAAUUUUGAACAGGCGAUGUCGUCAGCAGCCAAUAAGGAGCAGUUCCUGAAGCAGCUGGAGCAGAUUGUGGAUGGCAUCAAACAGAACAAAAACAAGGUUGAGAAGAAGAAGCAGGAGGAGAAGAUGAGGAGGGACCAGCUGAAUGACACCUUUCUGGACCUGGUGGACAAACAACGAGUCUACUUCAAGACAGUCAAGGACUUUCAGGAGGAAUGCCGCAAGAAUGAGAUACUCCUAGCCAAGUUGAAAGCUGCGUCAUGAUUGGUUGACAUUUUCUACUGAAAGGAGCCAUGUGAUUGGUUUGAAUGCGUCAGGCCUUCCAUAUGAUUGGCUCAAAAGCAUUGAUACAGCAUUGCGAUUGGUGGAAAGGUCAUCAACUGCUUUGCAUAAAGUAACAUUCCUGAUUAUGUUACUUCUGUGUCGUUAAAGGUAGAUCAUUUAUUGCUUAAGUCUAAAUGCAAACUUACAAAAAAAUCUGGAUUUGUUAAGGAUCAUCACAGAAUUAAUGGAUUAUGCAAGAAAAAUUAGCGAUUGAAUCCAAUAUGCAUUUCCAAUGUGUUACUACCAUACUUCAGAAUUACAUGUAUUUCAAGUGCAAACUUAAAACACAGUGAAAUCUUUUCCCCUUCUAAUGUGAAAUAAAGUCUGUGCAAAAAUAAAUGCACUCACAUAA